UCACACGGAAAGCAAAGACACCGGGGAUAAAACACUGUCCUUCCCCGCCACAGUUCACGGAAUUUACCUGUUUCCUCGAGGAUAUAUUCACAUGCCAACAUCGGAUAUUUAUGAACACCUGCACCGUUUAUAUUCAAGUAGCUUGACGGGAAAAGGAAAGCAAGAAUGGAUCAGAAUUUAUUUGGCGGGGCUCCACGCUUCCUAACUCGACCCAAAGCCUUCUCGUUGUGCGUGGGACGAGAUGCUUCCCUCAGCUGCACUAUUGUGGGAAACCCUGUUCCUGUAGUCACCUGGGAGAAAGACAAGAUGCUUCUUUCUGCAGGUGGACGCUUCAAAAAAGUAGAAGAUGGGGAUGUUUACCGACUUACUAUCUAUGAUCUAACUCUAGAAGACAGCGGUCAGUACAUGUGUCGAGCCAAGAACAAUGUUGGAGAGGCAUAUGCAGCUGUGACCCUGAAGGUGGGACUGCCGGAAACUGUGACUGAUCGCGCCCCAGUGUUUACAGUAAAGCCUGUCUCCACCCGUGUGGGUCUAGGGGAUGAUGUUACCUUCUAUUGUCAGGUGGCAGCCCAUCCAGCAACCAACUUUGACUGGGAAAAGGAUGGUCGCUACCUGGGUGAGACCAACCGCAUCAAGAUCAUCUCAGAAAAUGACUCCAGCUCCUUGAGGAUCCAGAGUGUCAGGAGCUUGGACAGUGGUACCUACACCUGCCGUGCACAGAACUCCAUUGGCCGUGCUCAGGCCGCUGCUGCGCUAGCGGUCGACCUUCAAGAUACUCGUCUCCUGAAUGCAGACAAGAGCACAUCCCUCCUCUCACACAUGCAGAAGCGGAAAGAAGAUAUGCGGAAGGACAUCUCCUUAUACCGCACCGUGGAAAGUUCCUCAACCACGCAUACAGCCUCAUCUUCCAUGGUCACAGAGGAACUUGGAAGCUUGGGACUCGCCCAUGAUCAGAAGCAGAGGGUUUCGGCCUUAACCAGCAUGUUGCCCAAAGGUGUGUUCACCCGCACCUGUAUGCUGACCGAGGGUAAACAUGCAAAGCUCAGCUGUUUCGUCACAGGCCAUCCCAAACCUCAGAUCAUCUGGAGGAAGGAUGGGGCAAACAUCAGUGAGGGCCGCAGACAUGUGAUGUAUGAGGACCAGGCUGAGAAUUUCAUCCUCAAGGUGCUCUACUGCAAACAAAGUGAUAAUGGCCUGUACACCUGCAAUGCAUCCAACUUGGCUGGACAAACCUAUAGCGCUGUGCUAGUGAUUGUCAAAGAGCCAAAGAUUCCAUUCAAAAAGAAGCUGCAGGAUGUUGAGGUGAAGGAAAAGGAAACAGCAACGUUGCUGUGUGAGGUGCCAAUGCCGAACACAAAGGCCAGCUGGUUUAUGGAGGAGACCCAUCUGGAGGAAAGUACCAAGUACCGCAUGGAUGUGGAGGGCACUCUGCGCCGCCUCACUAUUCACCAUGUCACCACCAAUGAUGAUGCUGUCUACAUCUGUGAGAUGAAGGAAGGCAGCCGCACUGUGGCCGAACUUACAGUGCUGGGCAACAUCACUAAAAAGCUGCCGAGGAAGACAGUGGUGCCAGUUAGCGAUACCGUCAUCUUCUGUGUGGAACUGGAGAAACCAGUAGAUGAUGCAUACUGGACCAGGAAUGGGGAGAGGCUGAAAGAGGACUUCCGAAUUAUUAUUGCCCGAAUUAACAGACAGUACACACUGACGAUUCGGGAAUGUACUGCGGAAGACUCGGGUGAAGUGGCCUUCAUCGCCCAUGACUGCAAGACAUCCACCCGCUUCUCCGUCACAGCCCCAAGGAAACAUCCCCCAGAUGCCCCAGUUGAGCCAGUGGUGCGGAACAAGACGGAUUCAUCGAUCACACUGUGCUGGUCUCCACCAGACAGUGAACGGCCUGUACCCAUCACUGGCUACAUCAUUGAGCGCAGGAAGGUGGGAGCCCAAACCUGGAUUAAAGUCACUAGUACAACUGUGUUUAGCACUGAAUACACCAUCAGUGAAAUUCCAGAAGAGGCAAGCUAUCAGUUCCGCAUCUCAGCAGUCAAUGAUUUUGGUCAGAGUGCCUAUUUGGACGUUCCUGGAACGUUUUACCUUGAGCCCACAGCGUCAGUGAAGGCAGGCCUGGUUAACUGCAGGGCACAUGUAGGCGAAGAAGCAACUUUCACUGUGGAGCUCUCAGCCGUAUGUUCCGGCUCCUGGACAAUAAAUGACAGAUUGAUUCGCAGUGGAUCUGAGUAUCUGAUCACACGCUCAAAGACCACACACACGCUGGUCAUCAGGGAGGUGUCCAUGGAACUGAAUGGAGCACAGGUCAAGUUUGUGGGUGGUAGAUCUCAGAGUGUUGCCACGCUUUGUGUGAAAGCCGCAGCUGCACAUUUCACCAGUAAAUAUUCUCAGGCGGAGGUGUUUACUUUCAGCUUGCACUCCUCUGCUCAGAUGUACACAGAGGUGUCUGACUCAAGUGUCCAGGUUGUAUGGCUGAAGAAUGGGAAGGAGCUGAGAAUGGGUAAAAAAUAUGAAGCCACAAGUGUGGAGCGCAAACGCAUACUGACAGUCCACAAUGUUGACCGUGAAGACGUGGGCAUCUAUGAAUGCAUGUGUGAAGGCGAUAAAAUGUCUGUCCAACUUGCCCUAAAAGAAGAGCCAGCGAAGUUUCUUAACAAGCCAAGGGCUCAGCCCCAGGAGAAUGCUGCUCUGGUGGGUGACGUGGUGUUGAGCUGUGAUGUUGCUUCUCCUGAAACUGCUGUUGUGUGGAAGAAAGAACAGAUAGAAAUAACGGAGGACAAGAGGACAACUUUUAUAUCUCAGGGGACACAAAGGAAGCUGGUCAUCAGGGGUGCCAAGCAGAGCGAUGAAGGACACUACUCGUGUGAGACGGCAGAGGACAAAAUGACAUUCCUGGUCAAGAUAAAAGAAACUCGCGCUGCUUUCACCAACAAGGACUCUUAUCAGAAGGAAGUGAAGGUUUCAUCCUCCCAAAAAGCCACACUGAGCUGUGAAGUUUCUGACAUCAAGACUGAGGUGAAAUGGUUCAAGGAUGGCAAGCAGUUGAUUUCCAGUAAGACCGUCCACAUGGAGUCAAAGGGCAAGAGUCGUCAGCUGGUGCUGGAGAAUGUGGAAAAGAAGGAUGCUGGAGAAUAUACCUGUGCAGUUGGAAAUGAAAAGCUGGUCUUUAAGAUUUGGGUGGAAGACAUUGAGGCCGCCUUCUCCAACAAGGACUCUUAUCAGAAGGAAGUGAAGGUCUCAGCGUCCCAGAAGGCCACACUGAGCUGUGAAGUUUCUGACAUCAAGACUGAGGUGAAAUGGUUCAAGGAUGGCAAGCAGUUGAGCUCCAGUAAGACUGUCCACAUGGAGUCAAAGGGCAAGAGUCGUCAGCUGGUGCUGGAGAAUGUGGAAAAGAAGGAUGCUGGAGAAUAUACCUGUGAAGUUGGAAAUGAUAAGCUGGCCUUUAAGAUUUGGGUGGAAGACAUUCAAGCUGCCUUCUCCAACAAGGAUUCCUACCAGAAGGAGCUCAGAGUACCAGCCUCCCAGAAGGCCACACUGAGCUGUGAGGUUUCUGACCCCAAGACUGAGGUGAAAUGGUUCAAGGAUGGCAAGCAGUUGAGCUCCAGUAAGACUGUCCAGAUGGAGUCAAAGGGCAAGAUCCGUCAGCUGGUGCUGGAGAAUGUGCAGAAGAAGGAUGCUGGAGAAUAUACCUGUGCAGUUGGAAGUGAAAAGCUGGUCUUUAAGAUUUGGGUGGAAGACAUUCAAGCCGCCUUCUCCAACAAGGACUCUUAUCAGAAGGAAGUGAAGGUCUCAGCGUCCCAGAAGGCCACACUGAGCUGUGAAGUUUCUGACAUCAAGACUGAGGUGAAAUGGUUCAAGGAUGGCAAGCAGUUGAGCUCCAGUAAGACAGUCCACAUGGAGUCAAAGGACAAGAGUCGUCAGCUGGUGCUGGAGAAUGUGGAAAAGAAGGAUGCUGGAGAAUAUACCUGUGCAGUUGGAAAUGAGAAACUUGCCUUUAAAAUUCAAGUGACAGACAUUCAAGCUGCUUUUACCAACAAGGACUCCUAUCAGAAGGAAGUUAAAGUAGCAACUUCCCAGAAGACCACACUGACCUGCGAAGUUACUGACUUUAAGACUGAGGUGAAAUGGUUCAAGGAUGGCAAGCAGUUGAUUUCCAGUAAGACCGUCCACAUGGAGUCAAAGGACAAGAGUCGUCAGCUGGUGCUGGAGAAUGUGGAGAAGAAGGAUGCUGGAGAAUAUACCUGUGCAGUUGGAAAUGAAAAGCUGGUCUUUAAGAUUUGGGUGGAAGACAUUGAGGCCGCCUUCUCCAACAAGGACUCUUAUCAGAAGGAAGUGAAGGUCUCAGCGUCCCAGAAGGCCACACUGAGCUGUGAAGUUUCUGACAUCAAGACUGAGGUGAAAUGGUUCAAGGAUGGCAAGCAGUUGAUUUCCAGUAAGACCGUCCACAUGGAGUCAAAGGGCAAGAGUCGUCAGCUGGUGCUGGAGAAUGUGGAAAAGAAGGAUGCUGGAGAAUAUACCUGUGAAGUUGGAAAUGAUAAGCUGGCCUUUAAGAUUUGGGUGGAAGACAUUCAAGCUGCCUUCUCCAACAAGGAUUCCUACCAGAAGGAGCUCAGAGUACCAGCCUCCCAGAAGGCCACACUGAGCUGUGAGGUUUCUGACCCCAAGACUGAGGUGAAAUGGUUCAAGGAUGGCAAGCAGUUGAGCUCCAGUAAGACUGUCCAGAUGGAGUCAAAGGGCAAGAUCCGUCAGCUGGUGCUGGAGAAUGUGCAGAAGAAGGAUGCUGGAGAAUAUACCUGUGCAGUUGGAAGUGAAAAGCUGGUCUUUAAGAUUUGGGUGGAAGACAUUCAAGCCGCCUUCUCCAACAAGGACUCUUAUCAGAAGGAAGUGAAGGUCUCAGCGUCCCAGAAGGCCACACUGAGCUGUGAAGUUUCUGACAUCAAGACUGAGGUGAAAUGGUUCAAGGAUGGCAAGCAGUUGAGCUCCAGUAAGACUGUCCACAUGGAGUCAAAGGACAAGAGUCGUCAGCUGGUGCUGGAGAAUGUGGAAAAGAAGGAUGCUGGAGAAUAUACCUGUGCAGUUGGAAAUGAGAAACUUGCCUUUAAAAUUCAAGUGACAGACAUUCAAGCUGCUUUUACCAACAAGGACUCCUAUCAGAAGGAAGUUAAAGUAGCAACUUCCCAGAAGACCACACUGACCUGCGAAGUUACUGACUUUAAGACUGAGGUGAAAUGGUUCAAGGAUGGCAAGCAGUUGAUUUCCAGUAAGACCGUCCACAUGGAGUCAAAGGACAAGAGUCGUCAGCUGGUGCUGGAGAAUGUGGAGAAGAAGGAUGCUGGAGAAUAUACCUGUGCAGUUGGGAAUGAGAAACUUGCCUUUAAAAUUCAGGUGACAGAUAUUCAAGCUGCCUUCACCAACAAAGACUCCUAUCAGAAGGAAGUGAAAGUAGCUGCUUCCCAAAAAGCCACACUGAGCUGUGAGGUUUCUGACCCCACGACUGAAGUGAAAUGGUUUAAAGAUGGCAAGCAGUUGAGCUCCAGUAAGACCGUCCACAUGGAGUCAAAGGGCAAGAUCCGUCAGCUGCUGCUGGAGAAUGUGGAGAUAAAGGAUGCUGGAGAAUAUACCUGUGAAGUUGGGAAUGAAAAGCUGCCAUUUAAGAUUCAGGUUGCAGAGCUUAAAGCUGCAUUUACCAACAAGGACUCUUAUCAGAAGGAAGUGAAGGUCUCAGCGUCCCAGAAAGCCACACUGAGCUGUGAAGUUUCUGACCUGAAGACUGAGGUGAAAUGGUUCAAGGAUGGCAAGCAGUUGAGCUCCAGUAAGACCGUCCACAUGGAGUCAAAGGGCAAGAUCCGUCAGCUAGUGCUGGAGAAUGUGGAAAAGAAGGAUGCUGGAGAAUACACCUGUGCAGUUGGAGAUGAGAAACUUCUCUUCAAGAUUCAGCUGAAAGAUGUUUCUACCAAAUUCCAGAAGACAUCUGUGACAAAAGAAAUUGUGAUGGUUGAGUCAACAGAAAAGGUUGUUUUAAAAACCGAGGUAAUGUCGGAGAAUUGUAGUGUUCAGUGGUUCAGGGAUGGAAUAGAACUGAAAGACGGAUCAAAGUAUGAGAUGAAACAGGAAGGUCGCUCACGUGUCCUCAUCGUUAAGUCCUCUGAAUCUAAAGACAGCGCCACCUACACUUGUCAGACGGCUGAUGACAAAGUGGAGUUCAAGGUUCAAGUCAAAGAUGCACCUUUAAAGUUUGUGGUGCCUUUGCAGCCAGUGUCUGCAGUACUAGAAAGCACCAUGACACUUUCCUGCACUCUCAACAAAGCCACUGUUAAUGUCCUCUGGAAGCAUAACGGCAAAGAAAUCAAACCCGGUGGAAGAUUCAGCAUCCGCACCGAUGGCACCAACUGCAUCUUGACUGUCUCCGCUGUGGCUCAGGAGGAUGAAGGGGAGUACAGCUGUGAAUGUAAAGAUGACAAGACCACCACCAAAGUCACUACCAAAGCCCCACGACUGGUGAGGUUCACUACCAGGCUGAACGAUGUUGUUGCAAAUGAAGGCAAAGAUGCUAUCUUUAAAUGCUCCAUCACACCAGCUGAUGUAAGUGUCAGAUGGCUGCGUAAUGACAUUCCUAUUAUAGCUGGUCCCAAAUUUAUGAUUGCUCAUGGAGGGAGCAGUCAUUCCCUCAUCAUCACAGCUGUCACUCAGGGGGAUGCAGGAGAGAUCAGUAUCGAUGCCGAAGGGAAAGUCUGCAAAGCCACACUCCAAGUACAACAGCUUCCUGUCACCUUUAAGAAGAAGCUUUCAGAUGUGACUGUGACUGAGCAGGACACAGUUCGCUUAGAAGUGGAGCUGAGUAAACCCUCAACAGAUGUGAAGUGGAUGAAGAAUGGUGUGGUACUACAGCAAGGAGAAAAUAUGGAGAUCCAUGUGGAUGGUGCCAAACAGGCUUUGGUCCUCAAGAGUGUGGCGUAUGCUGACAGAGGACAAUACUCAUGUGAAACCCUAGAUGACAAGACCCAGGCCAAACUGACAGUAGAGAUUAAGAAGAUUCAAAUCGUAAAAGGCAUAAAAGAGAUCAAAGUUCAAGAGAAAGAGACCAUCACUAUGGAGGUGGAACUGAGCAAGGCUGAUGUAGAAGGUUCCUGGAGCAAAGAUGGAAAGAAACUAAAGGCAGGACCCAAUACCAUCAUUACUGUAGUGGGCAACAAGCACUGCUUGACUAUGUCCCAGCUGAAGAUAAGUGAUGCUGGAACUAUAACUUUCCAGGCUGAAGAUGUCCAUACUUCUGGCAAACUAAUCGUUACAGAGCCUGCUGCAAAGAUCCUCAAACCUUUACGGGAUAUCAGUUCUCCUGAAAAGGAGAAAAUCAUUUUUGAAUGCGAGGUGUCAAGAGCAAAUGCUGAUGUCAAGUGGUUUAAGAAUGAUGAAGAACUGAAGCCAGGAAAGAAAUUUGGCAUUCAUUCCCAGGCCAAUAAGCGCACCCUCAUCAUCCAUAAGUGUGCAUAUGAAGACCAGGGCCAGUAUAUAUGUAGAACAACAGAUGACAAUACUUCAGCCAAGCUCACUGUUCACGCGAGAGAUAUUAAAAUAGUGAAGCCGCUGCAGGACGUGGAGGUGACAGAGAAGGAGAGUGCAACGUUUGUCUGUGAGGUCUCCCACGAUGAGGUUGAGGCUCAGUGGCACAAAGGAGAUGCCAAACUCAAAGCCGGAGACAACAUAAAGAUGAGGCAGGAGGGAAGAACAUACAUUCUGCUCUUCAAAUCUGUAAAGACUGAGGAUGCAGGUGAAAUCAAGUUCACAGCUGAGAAGUCCUCUUCAGCUGCUAAACUGAAGGUUAAAGAGCAGGCUAUCAGCAUAGUACGGGAACUGAGUUCUUUGGAGGUGACCGAGCCAUUUGCUGCCCACUUUGAGGUGGAAGUCAGCGUGGAGACAGUCAAGCCAGUGAAGUGGAUGCUAAAUGGGGAACAGCUGAAGGAGAGUGCCGACAUCGAGAUGGAGAAAGAAGGAACCAUGCACCGGCUCACUUUUAAAAAGACUAAGACCUCCAUGUCAGGACUGGUACAGUUCAUUGCCGGAAAGAGUAAAUCAACAGCCGAGCUCAAAGUGGAAGAGCGUCCCAUUGAAGUCCUGGAGCCUCUCAAAGAUGUUUCAGCCAAGGAGAAGACUUCCACCACACUAUGCUGCAAGUUCUCUGCCCCACCAAAAGAAGUACGGUGGUUUAAGGGUCAAACUGCUUUGAAGGCUUCUAGCAAAUACAACAUGAAGCAAAAGGACGCUAAUGUGCAGCUGAUCAUACAAAGUUUGAGUGCAGAGGACUCUGGAGAGUAUCGUUGUCAGGUCGGGGUCUGUGAGAGCAAAGCCAUUCUCAAAGUAGAAGUACGUAAAAUCCAGAUCACCAAACAUCUGACAGAUGUGGAGGUGGAUGAAGAUGGUGAUGCUGUGUUCACAUGUGAGGUUAACUAUGCUGAUGAAGAGGUCCAGUGGACACUCAAUGACAAGCCACUCUUCAGCAAUGAGGUCAAUGCCAUCACCCAUGUGGAUAAGACCCAUACGCUCACCCUCAAGAACCUAGCACCUCAGGAUGGUGGAAAGGUGUCAUUUAGCAUCAGGGAUGUGAAAGAAACAGUCUGCCUAAAGAUCAAAGAGAAAAAAGCCAUCUUCCUGAAGUUGCUGGAUGAUGUAGUUGCAGAGGAGAAAGGUACAGUUACCCUUAAGUGUGAAGUCUCAAAGCCCAGAGUGGCCCCUGUGUGGCGCAAAGAUGGUACAUUCCUGUCGGCAGGCAAAAAGUAUGAGCUCCUCCAUGAUGGUAAGACCUUGGGACUUACUAUCCAUGAUGUCAUGCAAGCUGACGCCGGGGAGUACAGCUGUGAUCUUGGCACAGACCUCUCCAAGUCCAAGGUCACUGUUAGAGAUAUCCACAUUGGGAUCACCAAGCGUUUUAAGUCAGCAGAGGCCAAAGCAGGUGAAAACUGCACAUUUGAGUGUAUCUUGUCCCGAGAGAGCUCAGAGAAGUGCACCUGGAGCCUAAAAGGUCAACCUGUCACUGAUGGAGGCCGUUUCCAAAUAAGCAGCAAAGGGCGCAAGUAUACCUUAACAAUCAAAGCCGUCUCAGCUUCUGAUUCUGGUGAGGUGGUCUUCACGCUCAAGGAUUUGAGCUCAAAGGCAACACUUACUGUUGAGGGUAAAGCUCCUGCCAUAUCUAAAGAGCUUCAGGGUGUCAGUGCCAGAAUUGGUGAAGAUGCCACAUUCUCCUGUGAGCUUUCUCAAUCUGGACUCGAAGUGAAGUGGUCAAAGGAUGGCAAGUCUAUCAGAAAAAGCCAGAAAUAUGAAAUCAGUCAGGAGCAGACGCUUGUAAAGCUGACAGUCUGCAACGUCACUGAAAAAGACACUGGAGAAUACAGCUGUGAGGUCACCGGUGGUCCAACCUCCAAGGCUAAACUGGAGAUCAAAGAACUGCCCAACAAAUUCAUUUGUGAACUAAAGGAUGCCACUGCAGAAGAGAAGAGUGCUGUCUCCUUUGAAUGUGAGACAGCCCAACCUGCCUCUAAAGUCACCUGGCUGAAAGGAACAAAGGAGAUCAGGGCUGGAGGAAGGUAUGAGCUUACGCAAAAGGGAACUGUCCUCAUCCUCAAAGUGAAGGAUCUGGAGAAGAGUGACAGUGAUGUAUACACCUGUGACACUGGCUCUGCGAAGAGUACAGCCAACUUGACAGUAAAAGUGGUACCAGCUAGGUUUAAGGGGCAGAUGAAGAACCAACAGGUUACUGAAGGUGGGAAAGUCUUACUUUCCUGUGAGCUCUCAAAACCUGGCUGCCAAGUGCUAUGGAGAAAGGGAACCGAAAAUCUGAAACAUGGGGGAAGAUAUCAGAUAACGCAGAGGGACACCAUGUGUGAGCUACAGAUUUCAGACUUAGUGCCUGAGGACAGUGGAGAAUAUUCCUGUGAUUGUGGAAAUGAAAAAACAACAGCAAAUGUUGUUGUCAGUGCAUUACCGGUGGUCUUCAGACAUGAGCUACAAAGCCAAGAGUGUGACGAAGGAGACAGCGUUACUCUUCACUGUGAACUCUCAAAGCCUGGAGUUCCUGUUGUUUGGAAGAAAGGAACGCAGGUUCUCAAUUCUGGUGAAAAGUACCUCAUCAAACAAGAUGGGGCUAGUGUUGAGUUGAAAAUUGCUGACUUCAGAAAUGAAGAUGCUGGACAAUAUACAUGUUUGUGUGGGGACAAAAAGACUACAGCAAACAUUAAGAUCAAGGCAUUGAUCUUCAAACGAGAACUACAAAACCAGGAGUGUCAAGAGGCAGACAGUGUUACUCUUCAGUGUGAGCUCUCCAAACCAGGAGUGCCUGUGGUUUGGAGGAAAGGAACACAAGUGAUCCAUUCUGGAGACAAAUACCAAAUCAAGCAAGUUGGUUCUGUUUUUGAGCUGAAGAUCACUGAUGUCAAACCUGAAGAUGCUGGAGUCUAUAGUUGUGAUUGUGGGUUUAACAAGACCUCAUCUACCAUUACAGUCAAUGCACUACCAGUGGUCUUCAAACAUGGGCUGCAAAACCUGGAGUGUGAUGAAGGAGGCAGUGCUACUCUGUCCUGCGAGCUUUCCAAACCUGGUGUCCCUGUGCAGUGGAAAAAAGGAAGCCAUGUUAUCCGAUCUGAAGGAAAGUACGUCAUCAGACAGACUGCCUCAAAGGUGGAGCUGAAGAUUACAGAUCUCAAACCUGAAGAUGAAGGAGACUACACAUGUGUAUAUGGAGACAAGGCAACCACUGCCAAUAUGAAGAUAAAGGUUCUGAAGGCCCAAACACCCUCAUACCAACCAGGAUUUCAAAAGCAGACUACUGAGCAAGGGCCAUCAAUUGAUGCUCUAAAGUUCCUCCGUCCUUCUGCUGCCCUUGAAUCAGACUUCCAGAAGCAGAAGAAAGAGAAACAGGCAGAGCUCAGUGCUCACCCAAUUCAGUUUACGGAAGUACUGCUAAACCAAGCGUGUGAUGAAGGUGGCAGUGUUACUCUGCGAUGUGAACUCUCAAAGCCUGGAGUUCCUGUGGUUUGGAGGAAAGGAACACAGGUGAUCCAUUCUGGAGGAAAGUGCCUCAUCAAACAAGUUGGCUCUACGGUUGAGCUGAAGAUCACUGAUGUCAAACCUGAAGAUGCUGGGGCCUAUGUUUGUGAUUGCGGAGACAGCAUGACAACUGCCAAUGUCAAAGUUAACGCUCUUCCAGCCACCUUCACACAAGAGCUGAAAAACCAGACAGCUAUUGAAGGAGAAAGUAUCAUCUUCCAUUGUGAGCUCUCCAAACAUGGAGUUCCUGUGGUUUGGAGGAAAGGGACACAGGUGAUUAAUUCUGGAGGAAAGUACCUCAUCAAACAAGUUGGCUCUACGGUUGAGCUGAAGAUCUCUGAUGUUAAACCUGAAGACGCUGGAGAUUAUGUUUGUGAUUGUGGAGAUAACAUCACCACUGCUAACAUCAAAGUCAAUGCAUUACCAGUGGUCUUCAAACGUGAGCUACAGAACCAAGAGAUUCAGGAAGGGGAAAGUGUUACUUUGCGGUGUGAACUCUCAAAACCUGGCGUUCCUGUGGUUUGGAAGAAAGGAACACAGGUGAUCAGUUCUGGAGGAAAGUACAUCAUCAAGCAAAUUAACUCUACUGUUGAGCUGAAGAUCACUGAUGUCAAACCUGAAGAUGCUGGAGAUUAUGUUUGUGAUUGCGGAGACAGCAUGACAACUGCCAAUGUCAAAGUUAACGCUAUUCCAGCCACCUUCAUACAAGAGCUGAAAAACCAGACAGCUAUUGAAGGAGAAAGUAUCAUCUUCCAUUGUGAGCUCUCCAAACCUGGAGUUCCAGUAGUUUGGAGGAAAGGGACACAGGUGAUCCAUUCUGGAGGAAAGUACCUCAUCAAACAAGUUGGCUCUACGGUUGAGUUGAAGAUCUCUGAUGUUAAACCUGAAGACGCUGGAGAUUAUGUUUGUGAUUGUGGAGAUAACAUCACCACUGCUAACAUCAAAGUCAAUGCAUUACCAGUGGUCUUCAAACGUGAGCUGCAGAACCAAGAGAUUCAGGAAGGGGAAAGUGUUACUUUGCGAUGUGAACUUUCAAAACCUGGCGUUCCUGUGGUUUGGAGGAAAGGAACACAGGUGAUCCAUUCCGGAGGAAAGUACCUCAUCAAACAAGUUGGCUGUACUGUCGAGAUGAAGAUCACUGAUGUUAAACCUGAAGAUGCUGGAGACUAUGCUUGUGAUUGCGGAGACAGCAUUACUACAGCCAAUGUCAAGGUUAAUGCACUUCCAGUCAUCUUCACACAAGCACUGAAGAACCAGACAGCUGUUGAGGGAGAGACCAUCAGCUUCCAGUGUGAACUCUCCAAAGCAGACAUUCUAGUUGAGUGGCGCAGGGGGGAAAUUGGCCUAUACCCCUGUGCUAAAUAUGAAUUCAAGCAAGAUGGCCACCGUGCCCAACUGAUCAUACAUGACCUUGAACCUGAGGACUCAGGUGACUAUAUCUGUGACACUGGAGAACGCCAAAGCUUUGCAUAUCUGGAAGUUAAGGCACUGCCAGUUCUUUUCAAAUCAUCUCUGAAAGAUUUGGAGAGUGAAGCUGGGGAAAAUGCAGUUUUUCGAUGUGAACUUGACAAAGCUGGAGCCAAAGUCAUCUGGAGGAAAGACAAGAGUGUAAUAGAAGCAAGCAAAAAAUAUCAGCUGAAGCAAGAUGGGGCUGUUGCUGAGCUUAUCAUUUACAAGCUGCAAGGAGGAGAUGCUGGAGACUACUGCUGUGAAACAGAACAUGAUCGGACAUCUGCUAAACUUGCUGUAAAGGAACCUGAUAUCAUAAUCUUAACUGGCUUGAAGAGCUGCAUAGUCAAUGAAGGCGAGGACGUUCAUUUCGAAUGCAUUGUUUCUCAUGAUAAUGCACUCAUUGUUCAGUGGACGCUGCAAGAUGUUCCACUACAGAACAAUGAAAGGAAUGAAAUCCGAAUGGAAGGCAAAAGGCACACACUUACACUAAGAAGUGUCACACAGAAAGACUCGGGCACGGUGUCCUUCCAUGUUGGUGCACACACUUCUUUUGCUUGUCUUACAGUUAAAGCAAUCCCUGUGCUAUCGUUUGUGAAGGAGUUAACAAGCCAGGAAGUCACAGAGGGAGGCAGUGCUUCAUUAUGUUGUGAAACUUCAAUCCCUGAUUCCAGUGUGACCUGGAAGAAGGGCACUCAGGUCCUAUCUGAUGGAAAGAAGUAUUCCAUAAAGAAGAAUGGCACAUUCCAAACUUUAGAAAUCUAUAAGCUAUCAGUGGACGAUGGUGGCGAGUACAUAUGUGAAGUGGGAGACAAACAAAGCAAAGCUACAUUGACCGUCAAAGAAUGUGUAAAAAUCACAAGAGAAUUAAAGGAUGUGACUGUGAUAACGGGCGAGGAUGCUAUCUUCCAGUGUGAGGUAUCCCAUACAGGGGUUACGAAUGUUGAAUGGUGGCUCGGCUCCAACCACCUUCAAAACAAUGACUUAAAUCAAAUCAGCUGCAGAGGGAGGGAACACAGCCUAGUGCUGAAAAUGGUCACACCCGAUGAUUCAGGUGAUGUAGCGUUUGUGGUUGGCCCUCAGAAGAGCAUCGCCUACUUGUUGGUGCAGGAGAAACCCAAAGUCAUAUUCUUAGAGAAGCCUCUGGACUUAACUGCCAAAGAGGGUCAAACAGUCACACUGUCCUGCAUGACCUCUGACCCUGAGGCCUCUGUUACCUGGUACAAAGAUGAAGUGAUGAUAAAGGCAGGUGGACGCUAUCUGCUCUACAAGGAUAGAGCUGUCCAUCAGCUUCGCAUCCUUAGGGUGGAGGAAGGAGAUGCAGGGCUGUAUACAUGCAAAACCAAAGAUGCAGAAAGCUGCGCCACCCUUACUGUUAAAGGUCAACCUGCAUACUUCCGGAAGGAGUUAGAGAACCAGAAUGCAAUAGAGGGAGAUAGUAUCACCUUGCUUUGUGAACUCUCUAAGCCGGUUAAAAGUAUAGAGUGGAGAAAGGGUGGAGUGGUGCUCCAACCCAGUAAGAAAUUUGAGAUGAAACAGGAAGGUUGUGUGCUGGAGCUCCAUGUCCAUAAUCUGGAAUCAGAGGACAAUGGCUACUACACUUGUGAUGCUGGAGCCCAGUUAACCACAGCAUCACUCACUGUGCAAGAGGCUGAGGUUCUCAUAGUAUCGGGUAUAAAGAAUAUAGAUGUGUAUGUGGGCGAACAGGCAAUUUUCUCCUGCCAGCUCUCUCGCCGUGCCAAAGGCAGAGUUCAGUGGUGGCUAAAUGGCACUCGUUUGGAGAACAGUACCUUCAGUGAAAUAAGUGUGGGUGAAGACCAUGUCUACACUCUCACUCUAAGGAACCUUUCUCCCAAUUAUUCGGGUACAGUCCUGUUCAAAACAGGUGGUCUGACGUCUUCCGCCAAGCUGUUAGUGAAAGCUAAACCAAUUGAUAUUCUCCAAGAGCUGAGUAAUGUGGAGACCAUUAAUGGCGGGGAGGCACUUUUUGAAUGCUCCUUGUCUCGUCCUGAAACCAAAGACUGCCGGUGGUUAAUUGAUGGCAAGCCUGUGAAGGAGUCUGCAAAAGUGGAGAUUGUUUCGUUUGAGAGUGGCAGACGCCAUCUUCUGCUUUUAAAGGACUUGCAUCCCUGUGAAAACACAAGGGUUACAUUCCAAGCUGGUGCUUCAUCAACUACUGCUCUUCUGUCUGUCAAAGCUUGGCAACUGGAGGUGGUCAAGCCUUUGGAAGAUAAGACCGGCAUUGCAGGAGAGCAAGUUGAGUUCACUUGUGUAUUGAAUGAAUCUGUGCCUGAGACUGAAGUGACUUGGUAUGCAAAUGGUGUUGAGCUUCAAUGUAAUGACCAAUGGGCCAUGAAAGCCAGUGGCUCUUCCUACAGCCUAAUUUUGAAGAAAGCCCAGGCUCAGCUCACACAGGAAAUCACAUUUGCAGCUCGGAAUGCCUUAUCGAUGGCCAAACUCAUCACAAUAUCUGUGCCUGAUCCCCCUGAAGACCCAGAGUUGGUUAGUAAAGGCCCAACAUUCGUCACCUUGUCUUGGUUCACACCCCUCAGUGAUGGAGGAAGCCCAAUCAUUGGAUAUCGUGUGGAAAUGCGUCUGGUUGACAGUAUCCUCUGGCUGCCCUGCCACACAGAACCAGUGUGCAACACUGAAUUUCUGGUUGAAAACCUCAUACCUGGGGCAGGUUACAGGUUCAGAGUGGCAGCCAUUAACCGUGCUGGUAUUGGAGAGCCUGUACAGCUGCCUCAAACCGUGACACUUGAUGCACCAGUGACCAUGACCAAAAUGUUAAGCAGCUCUAAGAUCCAAAAAGGAAAGAUGGUUCGUUUAGAGUGUGAGCUUUCUACAGAGACCAAAUCAGUCACAUGGUUCAAGGACAACAGAGAGAUAGAGUUUGGAGUCAAGUACCAAAUGGUAGCAGAAGGAAAGAGCCAAGUUUUGCUCAUAAAGGAUUUCCAGUCUACAGACCAGGGUGUCUAUUCUUGUGUAGCCUCAGAAGAGGCAAAGACUUCAAUCAACCUUAACCUCGAAGGAGAUGACACAACACUUUCUCAGGAUGAGGGCAGCCAGCCCAAAUUGCCCCCUGAGGCUGCUUCCGAGGGAGAUUUACAUGCUCUAUGGGAUGCAGUGGCCAAGAAGAGGAGAAUGAGUCGAGAGCCCACAUUAGAUUCAAUUUCAGAGUUGCCAGAAGAAGAUGGAAAGGAAAAGGCCCAGAGCAAAGAAGGAAAAGGAAAAAAGGAAAAGCAAGUGAGACCUGUUGAGCCACCUCCCAAGAUCACAGCAGAGCCUAAUCUCUAUACAAGUUCUGAUGAGGAAUCUCUCAGUGGGACAACUAGCUUGAUGUCUUACCUUAAGAAAAGCAGCAAGUCCUCUGUGACUGAGACUACUGCCUCCACGAAACUGUAUGAGCACUUCCAGAUGACUGAGCAAUCUGUUACAAAGACAUCUGUAGAGCCCCUCAUGGAAGCUCCGAAAGGGGAUGAGUUGCUAGAGGCUGCUGUCAAAAUUCAGGCAGCCUUCAAAGGUUAUAAAGCCAGGAAGGACAUGAGACCAGUCUUCAAAGAAGUAUUUAAGGAUCAGUCUAAGGAGCCCAAUGGGACAAUUCAUCUUGAGUGCAUUGUGGAGGGUAAGCCGGAUAAAGUUCGCUGGCUGAAAGAUGGUGAACCCUUAACAGAUGGCAAGCACCAUCACAUUGACAUCUAUAAUGAUGGCACCUGCUCUCUGGUAGUGACUGCUGCCACAACCAAAGACACUGGUGUAUAUACUUGUGAAGUAACCAAUAAGUUUGGUGUUUCCACCCAUAGUGGAAAAGUCACUGUAGGGACACUGCGGGAAUCUUCUGGGCGACGCCCCCUCACUCUUGGCUACAGUGCAGAUAGUGAAGCUGAGAGCUCCUCAGGGAGUGAGAUGGAUGAGACUUUACGCCAAGCGAGUAAACGAUUAAGGCGACUUCUACGUACUCACCUCCCUCCAGAUGUGGAAGAGGAAUCUUUUGUUAGUGCGGAUGAAGGAGAUUUACCGCCACCAGCUCUACAGACUUAUAGGGAGGAUGAUCAGUAUAUCUACAUCCGCUUUGAUAACCGUGCAGAAGCUCAAGUAGCUUCCCAGCGCUUCCAGGAAAUGUUUACUUAUCAAGGAGUUCCCAUCGAAACGGCCAUCAUAGCAGCAGCAGGUACUAAGGUAGAGUUGCGUAUCACAAAGAUGGGUCUCUCCCAAGAUGGCUCCAAAACCCCAACUCAGGACCAACCAAUGCCUGCUUUCAUGACAGGAGCCCCUGCGGCCCCCAUCAUCCUGACGGAGCUCCGUAGCCAAGAUGUUCCUGAUGGGUUUCCAGUCAGUUUUGACUGUGUAAUUGUCGGCAACCCCCCUCCCACUGUGAGAUGGUUCAAGGAUGGAAAGAUGUUGGAGGAAAAUGACCAUUACAUGAUCAACGAAGACCAGGAAGGCCAUCACCAGCUGAUCAUCACAGCUGUGCUGCCCACAGACAUGGGCGUGUACCGAUGCAUGGCUGAAAAUGACAGUGCCAUCGCCUCCAGCAAGGCUGAGCUGAGGGUGGACAUGUCUUGCAGUUCAGACUAUGACACAGCAGCUGAUGCCACAGAGACGUCUUCCUAUGUCAGUGCUAAAGGUUAUGUGUCUAGCUCGGAGCACAGGGACACAGAGGCUUUUGAGUCUGUGGCAGAGGACGAGCAGCUUCCUCAGAUUUUGGAUGAGUUACAUGAUUUAUUCCUCAGUCCUGGAGCACCCAUUGCCAAAAUGAGUGUCAGGGUCAAAGGAUUUCCAACACCAAGGGUUUACUGGUUCAAAGACGGCACCCCACUCCAAGGCUCCAGCAGAAUUGUAUUGUCGACCAAACGCGAUCAACACAGUCUUGAGAUUUUGGAUGUUAAGCGUGAGGACACCGGAGAAUACUCAGCAUAUAUUAGCAAUAUAGCUGGCUCUGCCUACUCUUCAGCAAGAUUGAAUGUACAAGCUCCUGGAGAGCGUCCAGCACCUGUACAGAGACGAAUGAGAGAUUCAAAGGUGCCACUUGUGCCACCACGCUUCCUAGAGAGAUUCAGCAACAAGAAGGUGAAACAGGGAGCAAGUAUAACGCUGUCAGUCAAAGUGGAAGGCUCCCCAACCCCAUCUGUAAACUGGUUAAAGGAAGUGUCAGAUAAGGAUGUUCUUUGGAUCAAAGCAGACACACCAGGUUACAAGGUGGCCAGCUCUGGCCGUCAACAUAGUCUCAUCCUCAUGGAAGUGGGAAAAAAACAUGGCGGCAUGUACACUUGCAUUGCCACCAACCUCGCUGGACAGUCAGUCAACACAGCCCGACUGGACGUGGAGACAGCACCAGAGCAAAAGAAAGUGGGUCCAGAGGUUCUGGGAAUUACUAUCAGCCCACCAGAGGAACAGGGCAAAGGAGAGAUCAAACUACCUUCCAUGGGUGAAGUGGGUACUGAUGAAUUCUUACAAAAACUCACAACCCAAAUCACUGAAAUGGUAUCUGCCAGGAUUACUCAAGCUUCAUUGCGUGUCCCAGGAGCUGAUGAUGACGAUGAUGAAUCAAAAACCCCAUCCCCAUCUCCACAUCAUGGCCGAUCACGCCCUCCAUCUCUGAUCGCAGACUCUUCAUCUGAGUCUGAUGAAGGAGAUGCCAGGGGAGAGAUGUUUGAAAUCUACGUGGUGACCGCUGACUACAACCCCAUGGGGGUCAGUAAAGAUGCCAUCGCUCUGAAGGAGGGCCAGUAUGUGGAGGUUCUGGACUCUGCCCAUCCACUUAAAUGGCUGGUCCGCACCAAGCCCACAAAAUCCCACCCAUCUCGCCAGGGAUGGGUCUCGCCUGCAUACCUCGACAAAAGACUGAAGCUGUCUGCAGACAUAGCAGACCUCCCAGAGACCUCCAGAGAAGAAGUCUCAGAGACGGAGUACAAGAAGAAACUCUGUCAACUUGUCCAAGAGCUGAUCAACACAGAAACUGAGUUUCUGAAGCAGAUGGAGUUCUUCACUUCACACCAUCUGAAGCAUGUGGAGGAGCAGAGCACACCACCUGAAAUCACCAGCCAGAAGGAAACCAUCUUCCGUAAUAUCAAUGAUUUGAAAUCCUUCCACAGCAGCUCUCUGCUACCUGGCCUGCAAGAUUGUGACACAGAUGAUGACAUUGCCAUGCAUUUCCUGAGAAACUCUGAAGGGUUUGAGAAAUAUCUGCAGUACUUCAUUGGACAACUGCAAGCUGAGUCAGCCAUCAGUGAGAAAGAAGUGCACCAGUAUUUCAAGGAUUAUACAGCCUCAGAGUUGGCAAAUGUUGACCCCUCAGAAGGUCCAGUGCUAAGCAUCAAUGCUUACCUUCAGAGACCACCAGAGAGAAUUCAGAAGUACAGGGCUUUACUGAAGGAAUUGAUCCGGAAUAAAGCGAGGAACGGUCAGAACUGCUGUUUGUUGGAGCAAGCCUAUGCCAUGGUGUCGUCCCUCUCCCAGCGCUCAGAAAACACACACCAUGUAUCUCUCAUAGAGAGCUACCCCGCCAAUCUGGAGGCGCUGGGAGAACCUAUAAGACAGGGGCCUUUUAUUGUUUGGGAAGGAGCUCCUGGAAUUCGAACAUCUUCCAGAGGUCACCACCGCCACGUCUUCCUCUUCAAAAACCAUGUGGUCAUCUGCAAACAGAAGAGAGACACUAAUACAGACACUCAGGCAUAUGUGUUCAAGAAUAUGAUGAAGCUCACAAACAUUGAUGUGAACGAGACCGUUGAGGGUGACGAGAGAGUGUUUGAGAUCUGGCAUGAGCGCGAGGACUCUGUGAGAAAAUACACAUUGCAGGCACGGACUGUUAUCAUCAAGAACUCCUGGCUCCGUGACCUCCGUGACCUCCAGCUGCGCUACAGCAUGCCAGCCUGGAGCUCUCCAGAUUUUGACUCAGUUUUGACAGACUACACAGCGGAGCUCGGACAGACAGUAAAGCUCGCCUGCAAGGUGACUGGUGCCCCCAAACCACAGGUCACCUGGUACAAAGACGGACAUGCCGUGGAAGCAGAUCCUCAUCACAUCAUCAUUGAGGACCCAGACGGCUCUUGCACACUCAUUUUGGACAACAUGACGGCAGACGACUCGGGACAAUACAUGUGCUUUGCCACCAGCUCUGCGGGCAACGCCAGCACACUAGGCAAAAUCACUGUGCAGGUACCUCCACGUUUUGUGAAUAAGAUCCGGAACGCCACACUUUAUCCAGGAGAAGAUGCUCAGUUCACCUGCACCAUCCAGAGCGCACCAAGUCCCAAGAUAAGAUGGUUUAAGGAUGGUAAACUGCUGACAGACCAGGAGAAGUUUCAGACAUACAGUGAAGCGUGCAGUGGGGUGUUGGUUCUAGUUAUCAAGAACCCUGGAGAACGAGAUCUUGGACACUAUGAGUGUGAGCUGUCGAACCGUCUGGGCAGUGCCAGGUGUGCCACGCAGCUGAUCACUCCUGCUGUGGCAAUGGCGCGAGAACGUAGAGCAAAUCAGGCCAUCAGUAUAGAAGUAACAGAACAAGAGACAAAAAUGCCGAAGAAAACCAUAAUUAUUGAGGAGACGAUCACCACAGUGAUGAAGAACACCCGUACGAAACGACACCCAUCCCCGCGUCCAUCGCCCAGGGGAGCUCACUGCUCCGAGACGUCCACACCCGAACCGCCCAGACAGAGACGAACCCUGGCCAGGAAGACUGUACCGACGCUGUACGUUCCAGAGCAGGAGGGUGCCACGGCCAGGAACCCAAGAUGGGUUGAAGUUGAGGAGACAAUCGAGUAUAAAGUGAACAAAUCACCCAAGCUUCCAAGAAGAAGAGGCGUCUCCCCCAGCAAGUUCUCACCACCUGGCAAUCCAAACACUAAUAACUCCAACAACAAGUUACUAGAAGAGGCAAUGGGUGCCGCAAUGGCUCUGCAAGCUUCUUCUGAUACACAUGAAGAGGAAACUGCACAGAAUGUGUUCGAAGUACCUUCAGGGAUCGUAAAUAUGACAACAUUCGAAAUGAGUGACCCGUGUGUCUCUGAUGAAGAAACUAUUAUCGCGGAGCCUGAAGACGACGAACUUGCUGCUCGAGAUUGCAAAAUGCUGACUGACGGGAAUCGAGUUCUUACUCUUGAAGAUCUUGAGGACUACGUCCCUCAGGCAGGUGAAACGUUCAGCAGCGGUACAGACCAUCACAUCUCCGUCGAGAAGCCAAGUGAGAUCUCGGUGUUGCAGAGAGAAAUUAACGAGUCUGUUAUUGGCAAACCCAUUGUGCUGAACGUGGUACGUCCGGUGCCACCGGCAAAACCUCGCAAGGGAUUAUUUGGCUCCUUCAAGGAACAGAUUUCCAGCAUGUUUAGUCCAGGUUUAUCGGCGGGUGUCAGCUCGCAGGCAAGGCGAGAGAAGAUUAUACCUAUUCAUGUGACGGGAGAACCUUCAUCCAACUAUUCACGCCAUACCAGUAGCUUUGCAAAGCUUGAAGUCCAGUCGAUGUACUGCUCCGUGCUCCAGAGAGAAAAGGAGGGAGGUCUGCAGAGCUUCAAAACACAGGUUUCCACACAAACCCGCAACUACACACCCACCGGACAGGUCACUCUUCAGAUCAGCAAGAAGCAGCCAUUUGAAAAUCAGUAAUCGGGAUGAAACCACUCAGGAUAGAUUCCCCGAUGCUCGUUUCCAGCAUGCAAAAUCAGGACAUACAACUAGGCCUAGUCUUAAAUGGGAACACUUCUGUAAAAUCUUGCAAUCUGGGAGUGUAAUUCAAUCGUAAAGCUUCUGCUAACAGCAGAUCAUUCCAUGUUGAGGCAAAUGAUUCACAAACUCCUUUAUAUCCCGCAGUACCUAAUGAAGACUUUCUAAUUACUUGAGUUCCUGUGAGCUUAUGUGUAGCUGUGCCAAGUCUGACACAACAUGAAUCCUAGUCCUGGAGAACCAUCCUCCUUCAGAGUUUAUCUUCAACCAGCUCCAACACAGUUUUCUUGAAGUUCCUAGUAAGUCUGAAGACCUUAAUUAGCUGGUUCUGAUGUGUUUAAAUAGUGUUGUAUGUAAACUCUGUAGGACAGUGGCCCUUCGGGAACAGGUUUGGAUGCAUUUGGUCUAUUUAUUCCCUUGGUCUAAAGCAGAGGUUCUCCUCUCUGGCCCUCGAGGUCCACUUUUAGCUCCAACCUUGAUCACAAUUUUCUUUAACUUUCUAGUAAUCCUGAAGACCUUGAUUAGCUUGUUCAGGUGUGUUUGAUUAGGGUUGGAUCUUCUGAGAAUCUCUGUCCUAAGAAAUAAGAGGGUGUUUGUGUGUCAAGAAAUCCAAAUUAUGACUCAAAAAAUAUGAUUUUAUCUGAAUGUAAUUUAUAUGCUGUUUGGAAUUAAUGUACCUCAGCAAUACAUAUAUUUAACUGUUUUUCAAGUUGAUUGCAUGUGCUGUUCUUUGGUGUAAUGCACUGUGGGUCGUUGAAUUUGAGGUCUAAGUUGAGGUAUCUGAAAUCUUGAAUAUGUCAUCCUGCACUGAAGACUAGAAGUGUGAAGAAGUGUUGCAAUGUGAAUGUAUAGGGAUUUGUAGACUGACAAAGCAAUAGUUGUGGGAGAUUUUAAGACUUAAGAACCAUAACACAAAAUCUAUUUAAUGACUUUAGAAGAUUUAUUUUAAAAAGUAUUUCUUGUGCAACAUGACUUUAAGCACAUAGUAUUUACAGAUUUAAAAAGUUUUGCGAUUUACUGGAGUAAUACUAAUAUAUAUAUGUGUUUGAACUUUAAAUACAAAUACAAAUUUUGUGUCAACCAAAAUUUGCAUGUGUAACAUAAUUUGUAUUGUUUUGGUGGAUCACAUGGUUUGAAAUGUUUUGGUAAAAGCAAAAUAAAUUAGGACUGCCAAGGGUGUUCAGCAGAUAAAAGAAAACUUGAAUAAAUAUAAAUAAAAAAAAGUUCUGCUUUACAAAAUAAGAGUAUAUUUGGAUGCGUGUAUUAUAAAUCAAACUUCUGUCCAAUUAUAAACUGAUAUCACAUAACAUUGACAAGUAAAGAAAUGAUAAUAAAAAACAACUUUCAGUCUG